AUCUUUUCAUUAUCAUUCAAAACGCUCAACGUUGCGGUGCUUUCGCUAAAAGCUAUACUCGGUGAACUGGUUCAUUCGGUCGCGUCGAAAACGAAACAAAAUGAAAUAAAUUAAAAAUAAACUUACCUGCCAAAAGACAACAACAAGAGAAAUGCUGAAAAUUGCUAUAAAGAGAUUUCGCGCAUUUGUGAAGUAGUUUUUUUUUAAUAUUAAUGGAUAUUCUUCAGUUUCCAAUUUCGUUUAAAUUUUGGCGUUGCACUCAUAAUGAUUUCGAAUAAAAAGCGUUUCUGUUCUUCCCUAAGUGUUCUUGUGAUAAUUUGUGUUGUCGACAAAGCUACCUCAUAUCUGGCUGAUAAUCUUGCAAAUUGCCAUUGUGUCCUAUUAAAAAACUGUGAUACUAUAAAUGAACUCAUACAUAGUUCAAAUGACAUUCCUUUCUUAACGUCUACAAUCAAAGCAGCUGUAUGUGAGUUUGAUGGAUCAAAUAUAUACGUAUGUUGUCCCGAGAAAAAGAGUUACAAGAGACAUGCGAAACAUAUGGCAAACUUAGAUUACAUAGAUGAUUUGUCGGGACUCAAUUGCCCGCCUUCAUUUGGCAAGGAAUACGACUACGAUGAAUACAUGAAACUCCAUCCUCAUGAUAACGACGAUGACAAUUAUGAUGAUGUCCACUCUAAGGAUGAAAAUAAAGAUAUUUCAAAUUCCAAAGAUGAAAGUACAGAAGACAGACAUCUUGGUCCUGUAUAUUGCAAUCCUUGGGGUAAUUGCGUUCGAUUUAAAUUUCCCAAAGAUGAUACUCAAAGUAACUACAAUAAAUCACCAGAACAACAUUACCACACGUAUGAUCAUGAUAAUCAUGAUCAUGGAUUUAGAAUACCUUUUUUUCCUUUUCAUCAUCACCACCAUCCACAUGAUCACGAGGAUGAUCAUGAUUUUAGUUAUGGACAUCAUUAUGGUGAAAGGCCGCCAGAAAUAACCUCCACAACUGCAACCCCCACCAGAGUUUUCACCGAGUGUGGUACAUUACCCAACACAGGAUCUUCCGGUGUAUAUCCUUGGAUUGUGCGUUUGGCUUAUUUAAACACAACUAGCAGAACUGUUCGUCAUCGAUGCCUUGGAACCAUUAUAAGUGAUCAGCACAUCUUGACAGCAGCUCAUUGUGUAGAUAGCUUGGUAAACGAUUUAAGACUGAUCUACGCUCGCGUUGGUGAUGAUAACAAUUUUGAAGAUUUUAAAAUUAUUGAAACUACCAUUCAUCCGAGCUACAAUGAGCCAUUAUUUAAUAAUGAUGUGGCACUGCUAAGACUGUCUAGAACGCACAAUUCGAGAAUUCCCAUUUCGAAAAUUUGCUUACCUGUAAGUGACAGUGCAAUAGCAGUGGGCAGUACAGGAGUUGUGGCCGGUUGGAGCGAAAAUGGUGGAGCCUUAAAUGCUCCAAGUGGUUCAAUACGCUAUAUAAACUUGCCAAUAUUGAAUAAUACAGAAUGUGCUAUACGCUAUGCCAAAUAUAGUGAAAAUUUUGAGAGUACCAUUAUUAUAACUCCAAGAGAAUUUUGUGCCAAAUCCGAAGCCAUGAAUGAUGUGUGCGAAGGUGACAGUGGAGGCCCCUUCAUGGAUCGUUCCCCAACAAACCGAUAUACCCUUGAGGGUAUAGUCGCAUUUGGUCCUAAGACAAACUGUGGUCAAUCCAAUUUACCUGGUGUUUACAUGCGUGUUAGUGCCUACGUUAACUGGAUACAGCAAAAGAUAACUAUACCAUGAAGUCUUUGAAUCAUAUUGAAACUUGAAAUAUACAUACAUGAACAUACUAAUCGGGCGUAUUAACAAAACUUAAUAGAACCUUAUGCUGAGUUUACAUGGCACAUCUGAUGUAUGGUCAUUGUAAUAGUAUUGGUGAAAAAAAGGUGUAUUCUGAAAAAUCAUUUGAUUUUUUUCGAUGAAUGACGUCUAUCGAUUAAGCCGCAUUAAGCCGAAUUAACAUGGCACAUCAUGAUCGUACUCAUCGUGUGUACGUGUUGAUUACAGCUUUUGCCUAAAACGGUUCAUCGAUUUUUUCUUUUCUUUGAUUUUAUUUAAUUUUUCAUACUUUACUUCUCAUUUCGUAACCUUAUUUGUCACAGAGCGCGUUUUUCAAUAUAUGUCAAUUAAUGAUUACACAUUUCUUUGUAAACGGUAAUCGAUAGACGUCAUUCAUCGAAAAAAAAACAAAUGAUUUUGUUUUUCAGCCAUGACUGAUGGUUAUGUGUACAUGUGACGAAUACACCUUUGUUUUCACCAACACUAUUACAAUGGCCAUACAUCAGAUGUGCCAUGUAAACUCAGUAUUAAAGCAGGUUUAUUUGACAAUUCUAUAAAGGAAAUCUGUCAAAUAAACCAAUUUCUUAGCUACAUUAUGUUUUAUGAAUACCAGUGAAUAUAUUUACCAAUAUUUACAUUCCAAUAAAAUUUAAGUUUUUA